CCAGAGAACACUGACUCACAUUUCUAAGCAUACACAGUGAACAUUUGUUCACACAAUCAAGUAGACUGUCAAUCUCAAUUUAUAUUCCCUAACAGUUUGUUCAACAAUUUCGUCAAUCGAAAUAAAUGAGAAGAUAUUGGGAACAUGGAACCUUCGUCAAUAAAGAUGAUUCACAGCAAACAUCAUAUUAUGAUCCUUUCCAACUAAUACGAAUUUUGAAAAGGAAGAUAACGCCAUCGCGGAUUUUAUUUAUAUUGAAUGUAUUUGCAAUAGUGGUUGUCCAGCUGGCGAUUGCAUUAGGUCUAACAGCUUUAAUUACACAAAUACCACAGGUCUCCAUUUGGACGCUAUUGAAUAACAUAAUUCUCUACGUGGUUACUGCGAUAUACUUCACUCUCGAAUUCAUAUGGGCCUUCAUCCAAAAGGUGUCAACAGCUUUCCCCUGGAAUAUUAUUUAUCUAAUGAUAAUGACAAUUCUCUCCUCUAUCAUCAUCGCCGCAGAAUCAUUAGCCUAUUAUGAUGAUGUCCCAAUGAUUGUAUUCGCAUUCAUAUGGGUGAUGUUACAAGUCGUUGUCUCGUUCGCAAUAUUCAUUCCGAAUGAUUUCACUCAGACAUGGUUAACACGAAUAAUCAACGUUGUGUAUACUGUGACGAUAUUGGGUGGUCAAAUCGCCUUCUUUGUGCGAAAGCAGGCUAAGAUUGCUCUACUUAUCGCUGGGGCUAUUGGAUUCCCAAGCACAUGUUAUUUACUUGCAAAAGAAGUGAAAUGGUUAUUUGGACAAGGCACACGCUACUAUCCAGAGGAUAAUAUUGUCAAACCAGCUCGAAAUAUCUACGGUUAUUGUUGGAGUUUAUUUCUCACAGUGAUGUGGAUAUAUGCACCAUUCGGAAUGAGAGGUGACCCUCCAAAACACCACGUAUAAACAGAAGACACUCCACAGGCAAUUAGAUCUCCAACCGAUGAGAGUUUGAAGUUUCUACACUUUCCUUUGAUUGUAUUUCUCACUACCACCUCGGAAUACUAUCAC